CCGGGGAAAAGGUCGCGGUCAUGACGACGAGCCUUCAUCGGCGCAACAAGCGACUCGACGAGAUGCGCGCAUAUUUACACCUUUGCGGCAUUAUCUAGUCUAGCGCGCUGCCAAGUGUGCGAUAGACUCGUCGCUCAAACACCUGUUAGCCAAUUUUCGUGCGGCGAGCGAUAAUUUAAAUUUUGUUUAUCGAAUGGCUACUGGAACGCUUGUGCGUAGUUGGCUGUGCAGUUGCUGAGUGGAGAAGGGAUAUAUAGUGCAUUGGGGCCGCAGUAUUUUGGGAGGAGACGCCAGUUGCGCUGCGCGCUGCACAAUGGUCGUCGUGAUAUUCGCGUUCAUCGGCGUCUGCCUGUUGCUUUACUAUCUGUUCUACCUGGGGUUUGUUUGCUUCCUCGACUGCGAUAUCAAGCUGUUUUUCUAUGAUAAGUUUGGAAAGUCCGUAGAUACUCUGAGCGGCAAAGUAGUAUGGAUAACGGGAGCUUCCAGUGGUAUCGGUGAGCAUCUGGCAUAUGAGCUUGCCAAAGGUGGAUGCAAACUAGUAUUAUCAGCCAGAAGAGAAGCUGAAUUGUACAAAGUCAAGACUAAUUGCUUAGCAAUCAAUCCGAAUUUGCAAGAUCAUGACAUACACGUCCUAGUAUUUGACGUCCGAGCCAUUGAAUCUCACCAGAGAGUAUUUGAUAAUGUACUCUCUACAUAUGGAAGAUUGGAUGUACUAGUCAAUAAUGCUGGAAGAAGUCAAAGAGCUCACUGGGAGCAAAUAGAUCUAGCGGUUGACAAGGAAGUCUUUGAUUUGAAUACUUUUUCGGUUGUGCAUCUGACUAGACUAGCUGUGAAACAGUUUCUGCAUCAAGGGGGUGGCCAUGUAGCUGUGACCUCGAGUUUAGCUGGAAUUUUAGGUGCUCCGUUUUCUGCCUCUUACACUGGAUCAAAACACGCCAUUCAUGGAUACUUUGAUUCCUUGCGUAUGGAAAAACUGACUUCCAAUAUCAAGGUGACCAUUGUUUGCCCUGGGCCUAUUCAAACAGACUUCCUUGCUGAAAGUUUUACCGAAAAUGUCGGAGAAAAAUACGGACAACAAACCGAGAUCGCGUCAAACAAAUUAUCCGCCCAAAGAUGUGCCAAAUUAUUUGCAUCAGCACUUGCCAACAAACUAGAUGAAGUGUGGAUAGGCCAAGCUAGCAGUCUUCAAUUAACUUAUGCAGUAAAGUACUACCCCAACGUAGCAUCCUUGUUCAUGCCCUACAUAGGAACAACUUACAUUCAGAAAAUGAGGGAUGCCAAAGUAACAGUGGCCGUAGAGCAGUAAUCAAACUACUUGAUGUAAUAAAUGUCAUAACCAUUCCAUUUAGUAACUUCUGCCAUAUAUUACAUUGUGAUAACAUGUACAAGGUACAAAAAGGGAAUUUUGUAUAUGUAUAUACUAAUUAAUAUUAUAUUUGUAAUGAUUUUGUUUUGUUUUCUACAAUUAAAUAUUACGUUUCUGUUUUAUC